AUCGUGCUGUUGCUGAAAUAUAGUGGAAAAUGAGCGCCGAGAGCAUGAAGAAUUUCUUUGACUCGCUAAUGUUGCUGGAAGCCAAAAGGUUAACCUUGACUAUGGAAGUCCUCAAGAAACGUCAGGAGCUGGAAGCUGCUCUUAGAAGACCUCCCCCUCCCAAGAUUGAGCAAGUGCACCCAAAUAGUUUCCAGAUCGGUAUUGAUCCAGUCGCCAUUGGGAAGCAUUCAGUCUCUAGGUACCAGGUGGAAUAUCGGAUUGCAGGGCAGAAUUGGAAGAGUCUCCAUACUGAAGGCCCUAAAGAUCAAUUCACUUUGCAAGAUGUGCACCUAAAUCUUCAGUACCAAUUCCGAUGUGCAGCUGUGACUGAAUUUGGGCUCGGUCAAUGGAGCAAGGAGAUCACUUGCAUCUAUCCUAGGGGGAGGCCUGCAGAGAAAUCUCAGGUUAUCUGCUGUGCGGCUGGUGUGCGUAUGACUGUAAGCAUCCAAGGGUCUGAACAGAGGAUCGUCCUUGUGGGCAAAAGCGCAAAUGGGAAAAGUGCAACGGGAAACACAAUUCUGGGAAGCAACGUCUUUAAAAGUUCCAUGUCACCUAGAUCAGUAACAACAGCAUGUCAAAAGGAGGACACACAGCUAAACAGCAGGAAGGUUGUGGUUGUUGAUACGCCUGGCUUUUUCGAUCCCAGUCUUCCACCCAACUACGUUGUUGCAGAAGUGAGGAAGUGCGUGAAGUUUUGCUCCCCGGGUCCCCACGUCAUUCUGCAUGUGAUGCGUCCUAGUCGUUUCACUCAGGAGGAGGAGCAGGUGCCUCAGCUGAUCAAAGAGAUUUUUGGCCUUAAAGCCAAAAAUUACAUCAUCCUUUUGUUCACACGCAAAGAGGAUCUGGAAGGUACCUCUAUCGAAAAUUUCAUAGCUGUAUGUGAUAAAAAACUGCAGCAAUAUGCUGCUGAAUGUGGGAACCGGUUCCUGGCUGUCAACAACAAGGCCGAAGGGGCGGAACGAGAGGCUCAGGUGGCCGAACUGAUGACCAUGAUUGAUCGUCUGGUAGAAACGAACAAAGAUGCUCCUUAUUACACGGAAGAGAUGAUGAGCUUCAACGAAAGACACAACUGGUUUUUCCCCCUUUCCAACAGAGGCCAGAAAGUCUCUUUAACUGAGCCUCGACUCCCAAGGUAGCAACUCUACCACAGCC